CGCACGCGCAGGGCUGGAGCCGGCGCGGAGGUGCGGGCGGCUGUGGCUGUCCACUCCGCUACUUUUCACUGUGCGCGCGCGCGGGGAACCAGUCGCCGGGGCUGCUUCGGUUGCCGCGGUCGGUGGUCGUUAUGGACUCUCCAUGGGACGACUUGGCUUUGGCCUUCUCCCGCACGUCCAUGUUUCCCUUUUUUGACAUUGCGCACUAUCUAGUGUCAGUGAUGGCGGUGAAACGUCAGCCGGGAGCAGCUGCACUGGCAUGGAAGAAUCCUAUUUCAAGCUGGUUUACUGCUAUGCUCCACUGCUUUGGUGGAGGAAUUUUAUCCUGUCUACUGCUUGCAGAGCCUCCAUUGAAGUUUCUCACAAACACCACUAACAUAUUACUGGCAUCUUCAAUCUGGUAUAUUACAUUUUUUUGCCCGUAUGACCUAGUUUGCCAGGGCUAUUCAUAUCUACCUGUUCAACUGCUGGCUUCAGGAAUGAAGGAAGUGACCAGAACUUGGAAAAUAGUAGGUGGAGUCACACAUGCUAAUAGCUAUUACAAAAAUGGCUGGAUCGUCAUGAUAGCUAUUGGAUGGGCCCGAGGUGCAGGUGGUACCAUUAUAACGAAUUUUGAGAGGUUGGUAAAAGGAGAUUGGAAACCAGAAGGUGAUGAAUGGCUGAAGAUGUCAUACCCUUCCAAGGUAACCCUUCUGGGGUCAGUUAUCUUCACAUUCCAGCACACCCAGCAUCUGGCAAUAUCAAAGCAUAAUCUUAUGUUCCUUUAUACCAUCUUUAUUGUGGCCACAAAGAUAACCAUGAUGACUACACAGACUUCUACUAUGACAUUUGCUCCUUUUGAGGAUACAUUGAGUCGGAUGCUCUUUGGCUGGCAGCAGCCGUUUUCAUCAUGUGAGAAGAAAAGUGAAGCGAAAUCACCUUCCAAUGGUAUUGGUUCAUUGGCCUCAAAGCCUGUAGAUGUUGCUUCAGAUAAUGUUAAAAAGAAACAUACUAAGAAGAAUGAAUAAAUUUACUUGAUGAACUCUACAAGGCCAAAAAAAUUUUUUUUCUUAUCUACCUGUUAGAUUGUGAUACUUUUUCUAUGUAUGUGAUGUGAAAUGAAGACUAUAUAUAUGGAAUGGAGGUGACAGAAAGAAAGAAAUUCUUUGUUUGAGGAAGACUUCCCCUUUCUGGAUUGUAAUUCUUGAGUGUUAUGAGUGUAUCAUGUGAUUAUGCUUUUCUGGUAUAAGGGAUUGUGUUGUGAUUAUUUGAAUAGUUUUAUAUUAAUAAAAGAAGGCAAAAUUUUUUCAAUGUUAGAAAAAGCAGAUCUGUCAUUGCAAAGUAACAAAAAUUUUAAACUUUUAAAAAUGUAGAUGUUUUCAUAUUUUUAAAAUUUGAAUCUAUUGAGCUUUAGUUCAGCAGGAUUAAAUUUUUACUUUACAUUAUCAUUAAAAUUGCUGGGUAUGGAAAACAAUUGCCAUUUUGUUUUGAACACUGAGAAGAGUAAACUUUUCCUAAAACACUUUAUAUUAUAAAUGAAAAUAAAUUGCUGCUUUAUAUUUUAGAUAUAAACAUCAUAUUUUUUAUUAAUACCUACAUCAAAUGGAAAAUACCUGAAAGUUUUUUUCCAUAGCAGAUAUUUUCUACUGGAAGUAAUUUUACUACUUUUCAUUUAGAACAGAGUAUGAGUCUUAAUCUGAAGUCUUUCUCAUGCCCUUGUUAUAAAAAAAACUACUGUUUUUUUCCCUCAAGAAAAUCAAGGGUGUAAUUUUUAAUAAAUUGUUAAUCCCAUGUUUUGUUUUGUAAUUUUCAUUUUAAGAGCUUGGCUGAUUUUUUUAUCUCUCAUUAAAACACGUUUGUUUUAAUUGUAGGGGAAAUUACUUUUCUCAGCAUUUUGCAUGUUCUUUCUAAUCUGCAUUGGUCUGAAUAUAUUGGUAGUAGUUACUGUAAUUAUUCGACAAAAAGUAUCUCAGUUUAAAAAUUUUUCCACUGUGUCUUCUUUCUAGUGGCUACCGUUUUAGUUUCUAGUUGAAUGUCUCUGACAAGCUUUCAUAUGGUUUUGUUAUAUUUUCAUCUACAUGUACAUGUGUUAUUAAUUUUAUUUUAAAUGAAAACUAAUCACCUUCAUGUGGAAAUGCUCUGAGAAUUGUUCUCAGGCAUUUGGUAGUAACCAGCUAACCAAGAAAAACGGAGAAACCAGAACUUCAUAUGGCAGUCCAUUCAGAUGAAGAAUGAUGAUAUAAAAUCUGGUUCCUUCUUAGCAAAAUUAAAAAUGAACAAGAAAAGAUACUAAAUGACAUCAGAUUUUCUUUCUUUAUGAUUUAAAAGUCCAGUUAUAACAUUAAAACUCUGUGACCUAGUUUCUUUUACCAAAACCAUGAACCUACUACCCGUAUCAGGUAUUUUGGAUGGUUUAGAAGUACUCAAAUCACAUUCAAGUUGUUGUUGUUAUUUUAAAUUUUUAACAAAUGUGAACACCAGCAGGUACUAUACUUUUACUUGUUCAAAAACAUUGGGAGGAGGCACUUUUCAUAGUCUUGGAAUGCUAACAAGUUUAUUUUUAAUAUUGUGACAGAAAGCAUUAAGUAUUUAAGAGCUCUGUAUUAUAUUUGAUACUCUUACAGUUAAAAACUUUUCAAAAUUAAUACAUUGUUAAUUAUUGACUGGUUUUAAAGUUUGGGUUUAACUAUAGUUGAAAUGAAAGGACUCUUGUUUUACACUUGUAUUAAAGACAAAUUUAUUAAAAUAAGUUAUUUAGCACCAA